UGAGUUACUUUGUGACUCUCAACAAGCUACUGAUAAUUUGUUUGAAGGGCUUUGUCAAUUUAAAACACGUUUAGCAGAAAGUCUUCCAGUAGAACAAGGAAUUCUGCUGCGUCCAGAGAUUCAACCUGAUACUUGGAAUAAGUCACACACAAGUUCACCAAAACUUAGUCUUCUCCCUGUGCGGCGUAAAAGAAAAAUGACUAAGUGUGUUGGUGUUAAAUAUGACAAAUAUAAAGCAGCUGCUGAUAUUAGUGUGAUGGCUGAAAAGGAAAGUUAUAGUUCUGAAAUUGUCACAAGUCACUCAAUUGAUGAAAACUAUGAAAUUUUUAUGGUUCCUAAUGAAUCAAUUGAUAUCAUGGAACAUUUAACUGAUGAUAGUAACAACUCUGUUGAUAUGACUGUAAGUGAAGAUGUUAAACAAGAUAAAAUAGUGCUGCAAAUUCAAAGUCUUAAAUCAUCUUUGAUUGGUCAUAAAGAACAAAAUGAUAUCAUAAAAGGACAAAUGCUUAAUGAUAACGUAAUUCACUUUUGUCAGCAACUUUUGGCAAUCCAGAUAAAUAUUGAUGUUGGACAGCAAGAUCCCAUUAAAGGACAAAUUUUAUCUUUUGAUAUCUAUACAAGUACUCCAUUUGUCCAAAUUCUUCAUGAUGGAAAUCUUCACUGGUUAUGUGUAACCACAUAUGACUGUAAACCAGGGGAGAUAUAUGUUUUUGACAGCCUUUUCCACGGUACAAUCAAAAAAGACAAAAAGGCAAAUUUGCAAUAUUUUGCAUUGUCAAGAAAAAAAUCUUGUUUUUAAAGUUUUGCCAGUUCAACAGCAAACAAAUGGUGUGGAUUGUGGUAUUUAUGCUAUUGCCUGGGCUCGUCAGAUUCUUGAAACAAAAAGUUUACCAUCAACAAAUCUAAUGUUUGAGGAAAGUGAAAUUAGAAGUCAUCUCCUAAAAUGUAUAUCAAAUAACCAGAUAGAGAUAUUCCCAGCAACUAAAAAUCCUUUUUCCUUUAGAAGAUGUGCUGCUAAGACUUUUCGUGUUCCUCUGCAUUGCUCUUGUCGUAUGUUUUGGGUGCCUGGAGACGAAGACAUAUAUAACAGGCAAAUGAUACAAUGCUGUGCUUGUAGUAGAUGGUUUUAUUGUGAAUGCGAAAAAAUUCCACUAAGUGCCUAUGAGCAGGAAGAUGAAAUUUGGAACUGUAAUGAUUGCCACAACCAGUCAAAUAAAUAAUAAUAAAACAAUAAUACUGUUAUACAGCACAGGUAUAUAAUUUUUAAUAUUACGGACUGUUAAUGUCGAACAGUCAUAAUUACUUGCGUAACAUCCAAAUAAACAA